UGAUGAGAUACCCGACCAUGUGUUCUCUUCUUCCCAAAAGAAACGUUAAUGGCGUCUUAUUAGCACUCCUAAUAAUAAUAGUUGCUAAUCUUAAUCUCUCCUUCUCUCUCCGCCAAACUCCCUCUCCUUCAUCUUCCAAGAUCAAGACGGCCCUUCAUCGCGUCGAUAGCAAUAUCGAGUACGAUAACAUCAGCUAUGCAUCCAUUGAUUACGGCAACAUAAUCCACAACCUCCCCUUAGGCGUGCUAAACCCAGGCUCCGUUGACGAUAUAGCUCAAACCCUCGAGCUCGUUUCGCUGAUCGGGCCGUUCGUGGGUCUGACCGCGUCAGCGGGGGGCUGCAGGCAUUCCAACGGCGGGCAGGCGCAAACGGCUAAUGGGAUCUUCAUCGACAUGCGGUCAAACAGGCUCUACGAAACGGUGGUCAACGCUGGGGCGAACCCGCCGUACGCUGACGUGUACGCCGGAGAUAUGUGGAUCACGGUGUUGAAUGAGACCCUAAAGUAUGGGUUAGCCCCGCCGUCUUGGACGGACUACUUGCAUAUAACUGUGGGGGGGACUCUGUCUAAUGCAGGGAUUAGCGGGCAGGCGUUUCGGCAUGGCCCACAGAUCAGCAACGUACUUCAGCUCGAGGUCGUUACAGGAACAGGAGAAAUUGUAAAUUGUUCAAGUACACAGAAUGAUGAUCUCUUCUUUGCUGUUUUGGGAGGACUUGGGCAAUUUGGAAUAAUAACUAGAGCAAGGAUCAUCCUCGAGCCGGCGCCACAGAAGGUUAAAAGGAUCCAAGCCCUCUAUUCAAAUUUCACGGUAUUUUCUGGAGACCAGGAGCUUUUAAUAUCUCUAGAAAAGACAUUUGAUUACAUAGAAGGAAUGGUGGUGAAGAACGCACCAGGUGACAUGCCUCUUUUUCGCCUCGAAGUCAACAAAAACUUCAACGACAACGACGACCCAAAGAAAGUGCAAGCGGAAAUCGACGGAUUACUAGCGAAAUUAAGCUACAAUGCAUCAACACUAACUAUUACAGAAUCUACUUAUGUAGAAUUCUUAGAAAGAGUUUAUACAGCUGAGCUAUUCUUGAGGAGCAUUGGGUUAUGGGUAGGAGAUCAAGUAUCUCACCCAUGGCAAAACCUUCUCAUGCCCAAAAGCAAAAUUCAGACUUUUGCUUCAGAAGUGUUUUACAAUAUUCUCAGAGAUACAAGCCUCGGACCUGUUAUUGUCUACCCAUUGAACAAGUCAAAGUGGGACAAUAGAACUUCAGCUGUUCUUCCGGAAGGAGACAUCUUUUAUGCAGUUUCAUUGCUUCCCCGUGCAAACAUCUCAUCCAACGGAACUGAUGGUUUGGCAUACUUGCUAAAUCAAAGGAAAAGAAUCUCCGAUUUCUGCGAGUCGGCGGGCAUCGGAGCAAUCCAGUAUUUGCCAUAUUAUGAGACACCAGAAGAGUGGCAGAAGAAGCAGUAUGGUCCAGAGAGGUGGGAAGUCUUUACAACGAGAAAACAGGCCUACGACCCUUCCUGUGUUCUUGCCCCGGGACAGAACAUUUUUACUGCUGAUACAUGCCCUGGCUCCACCGGCGGCUUUAAUUGAAACCCCAAAACAAUGAGUUCAUUUGUUGCCGGCCCACCCAUAAAGAAUACUCCCGGAACCUGCUUUUUCUUUUAAUAAUAAUGAUGCAAAAUAUUAUCCCAAAUAUGCGGGGAUAAAUAUAUAGUACUCCCUACAAAUAGAUAUUACUACAUCUCGAACUUAUGGUAAUAAACUUGUCUCCAUCUCG